AUUUUUCUUUCAUAAAAUCCUUUUCCAAUUAUAGAUGCUCCUGGAUGUCCUAUAUCUUUUAGUGACAACUCCAUUGGCAAUGUUCGCUUCUUACAUUUGCGUAUUAGCGUUGAAAUUAUUAAUAGAGAGAGGCUUUUAUCAGGUACCAUGGGUAAUCGUCGCCAUGUUACCGACCUGUUCUCUCACGCUAGUUGCUUAUUGGGCUUGGUUAAUGACUUUGGGAAGAUUACACGUUCGCCGUUGGCGUCGCUAUUGGAGGAAUAACUUCGUCGUACGUCUUAUAGAACCGGAGGACAUCAAUAACGUCGCGAACGAACAAAGCAUUGAGUCUACAACGAUCGAUGAUUUUUAUCAGGAAGAGUCGAGAAUGAACGAUAGACGAUAGAUUAGUUCGAGUCUUCUUAACGAGCGUUGUUCAACGUGAUCUACGAUGAUGAUCCGAGACACAUACAUACAGACAUACAUACAUACAUGCGCGCAUAAGCAAAUGUAUAUAUACAUAUAUAUAUAUAUAUGUAUUUAUACAGACACAUACAUAUUUCGAUAUGGAAUCGAAUGAACGGACGGAUGGACGGAUGGACGGACGUAGCAAGAAAUAUUCGUAACUUCUUGUUUUCUAAGAGGGACAGGUAGUUUAGCGUAGGUAUCGAUAUGCUGAAACUACAUCAUUUAUGUCUUUCGAACAUCUUUCGAAAGAUACUUCUAUCGUUGUCCUCAAGUAUGCUAUCUUUUUUUCAAUUCGACAUGAGAUAGAACGGGUUUUCAACGUUCACUCUUCUCUAUCUUUUCUUCUUCUUUUUCUUCUUCUUCU